ACUUGCUCAGCAAGAGAUUUGAAUUCAAUUCGCGGCCAAGGUUGUUUGUAUCUGCGUUUAAAGCCAAGCCAGGUUUGUUUUUGUGAAUAUAGUUAACACUGUCUUGCUCACUUUUUCUUUCUUUUAUGUUGUAGUAAUGUAAAUAUAUGUGACCAGAUUACAUUGUUCAUUCCUUAAAUUUUAUAGAUUGGAGGUAGCCGUGGUGAUUUAUCUAGCCAACCAUCCACUCAAGGUACAUCAAAAUUUUGGUAGAAAUUAUGCCAUGUUACAGUGUGUUCCUGACCAUAAGUUGUUAUCAAAACAUAAUAAAUAAUGAUAUUACUUGGUUUUUAAUCAUUUCUUUGAUUAAAACAUAAUUUCCAUAAUUUUUUUUUAUUUUUGUGUCUGUGUGUAUCAAGGAAAAGAGGGGGGAGGGCCUAUUCUGUACUAGGUUGUUACGUGAAGCCAAACAUGCUUAAAUUGAAGCAACCACUUGUGUGAUCAUGUUUAGUACAUAUUUGUCUUGAGUAAUAUAAUUAUUGUAAUGUAUCUCAAAGGUUACGCUUUAACUUAGUUGAUUCAGUUGUGAACCACAUCAAUCAAUGGAAAAUCUUCCUCUGCACAAAAAAAAAAAAUAAAAUAAAUAACUUGCAGUUGAAUUCUGUGAUCUUUUAAAAGGGCGACAACGUACUGGUGAUUCCAGAGAUCCAGGUAGACGCUGGCGACAAAGCCUAAAUCGUAAGUUUGGUUAACCCUUGACUUUUUAUCUUAUUGACCUAUUUUUAGUGGAGCCUUGUUUUAACAAAGGGUCAAUCAGGGUGGUCAAAAGUAGCCGGCUGCUGGCGAUCAGCAAUAAAAUGAGGUUACAUUAUAUCAAGAUUCUUUUGUUAUAUUUUACUAUUACUGAGGCGAAUUGUUUGUUAUCCCAAGGACUCUGUUAUGUAGAUGUUCAUUAUAUCAAUGGUUUGACUUUAAUGGGCAUGAUCCUGAUAGCAUUUAGUGUUGUUUAUUUUUUCCCUAUCUUUUAUGGCUGCUGCCUAAUGGUUGCCUGGUCACCAGAGGCUUCUAAAAUUUGCUCAAACUUGAUGGAUAGCCAAAGCUUAUGAUUCUUAUGGCAAUAGCCUCUAUGUCUCUUUCCAGUGAAGGAACAACAGUGCAUUCCCUGCUCAUUUCAUACUUUUGAAACAAAAAAGUAAUGCACUUGUUUGUCUACCAUGGACAAAACAUUUCCACAGAUAAAAGUACACAAACAAGCAGUUUUCUAUAAAUUUGGAACUUGAACAAAUCAAGUUCAUGAAUUGAGUUUCGAGCAUUGACUUAUACUUAUUAUUACUGAUUAUCAAUCAACGGGCUCCUCUCCGAAGGGCCCCAAAAAAUUUUAUAGACAACAGCCUAAUGUUCUUUCCUGUUGUUUUUCUUCUUUGUAUAAUUUUUUUGUUUAAUUAUUUAUUUCAAGAGAAUAAUCAAGUUGGCGCAGAAAUGGGAGAGAGUUCUGAUGAAGAGCUUGCUAGGGCUAUUCUACCAGGUUUAGGAGGUAAUGCCCUUGGGUAGUAGUAGUGUUAAAAUAAUUAAAAAUUAUUUAUUAUUAUAGUAAGUUAAAGGUACUGUGUUAUUCAAUUAUAAUUAGUAUAAUUAAUUUUUCCAAAAUCAACAGAUGAACCUUAGUGUUAAAUGCUAGCUAAGGCAACCUCCACUCUUUGCAGAUUCUUUUUCAAUUGGCAUUGACCAUGACAUUGUUGGUUCUGGUGAUGGAGUGGACAGUACCAUAGAUGAUGGUGAAAGAGGUGGUGAUGAGAGACCAGAUGGCACCACAGACAGAACAGCUCACAGCACUCCGUCUGCUGCUGAUAGACGUGAUGCUGAAGAAGAUGAUACCAGAAGCAAUCAUCAGAGUGAUGAUGAAGACAAUGUUAGUAGGGAAAGAGAUAGGGAUAGUGUUGACAGUAGAAGUGAAGAUGGUGAUAGUGAUGUUGUGCCAGAGAAUGAAAAUGGUGAUGAUGAAAGUGAUGCUAUAAUAGAUGCUGAUGAAAGAGGUGACAGUGAUGAUGAUGUGGUUGAAGUGACAGGAGUAGCAAGUUGCUCUUCAAGUAAGUUUCAUUCAGAAUUGAAAUUUUUAUGUCAAUCAAAUUUGGGAUCUGGACAAUAUUUUGAUUUGACCAGUUGGAGAACCAUGGGAGAGAAGGGAACUACAAAUCAAGCAAGGAGAAGUAAUUUUCUGUGAAGUCCAAUUUCAUUAAUUUUGUUUGUUUAGGCUUAGCCUAAACAUUCAGAGUGACUCUGUCAGUGCUAAUAAACUCUUAGUUGAACUAAAUAUUUUAUAAGUUACUUUGCUUUUUAAUGGAAUUUUACUUAUUUCUUGUAGUAAAUAGAACAUUCAUACCGAAUUCUUUUAUGUGAUAAUGAUGUCGGAGAACACAACGGCAUAUAACUUUUAAAUUUUCAAAAAUUUCUUAAGAUUUUUACGCAGUUUUUGUAUUUAGCAUUCUCUAAACCCAUGUGUCCCCCCCCCCCCCCCCCCCCCAAAAAAAAAAGUGUUCCCCCCCCAAUUUAGACUAAACAAUUUUUGGGGGUUUUUUUUUGGGGGGGGGGUGUUAGCCAAAAAAUAUUGUGUUUUUUUUAUAUUUUUUUUUUUUGUUUGUUGUUUUAUUUAUUUUUAUCAUAAUUUUUUUAUAAUACUGAUUUGAUUUCUUUNCUAAUAUUAUUUUUUUGUGUGUGUGUGUUAAACUAUAUUGCUACAAUAUUUUAAAACUGCAGAUGUCAAUGUGGUCACCUCAAGUAAAAUAGGAUUUCAAAGAGAUAUAGCUACAGUCUGUGGUAUGUGCACUGUACAUGUAUUGUAAAAGUAUUUUUAAUAGUGAUAAUUCAAGGCCAUGUGUAACAUUAUAGAACUUGAUUUACAAUUUUGUAAGGCACUCACACCCUUUUUUUGUGUUCAUCCCUUUAAAUCACAAUUUUCACCCUAUAAGUGUCUUUGUCUGACAUAAAAAUUAAUGGAACAUCGGAGGUAUAACAAUCUAAACGAUGGGUACAAAGGUUACUUGUUGCUCUCAGGGUACACUAAUGCACAUACAUGUACUAGCUGCUGAUUCAUAUACAGCCUUGUAUUUUAAACACUUUUAGGUACCAUCGUUCCUGCUUCACUUUCAAGUAUAGUUAGCAUCGGAGGUAUGUGGCUAUAUUAACAUGCACACGUCAAUCUAACGACCCCACAAUCAGUAGAAGAAAAUUACUUAUGUGAUGGACUUCCCUUAUCAAUUUUAUGGUUAAACCUCUCCUCAAUGGCCACCUUGGGGAUAGAAGAAAUUGACCAUUGUAGAGUACGUAAUCAAACUUGAAUAAAAUGGUAUUAACAUGACAGCUACUUUUGGUAGUUGGGAGUGUGCUUGAAUGGCCAUUGUCAUUGUCAUUGUCAUUUAACAAAGUAUGUUUGAAGAUAUAAUUAUAAAUACAUUUUUUUUUUCAAUUUAAAGGUAACAAAGGGACGAAUACUGAUAUGGACAUAUUGCUGCGAGUGAUAACUUCACCUUGUCCGUUGCAGCUGCACUUCUUUAAUUGCACGAAAGUGGUCAGUAAAAUAGAUGCAUGUGUUGGGGUCAGGGGGUUAGGGGUCGGUGGUUGGGUGUGUGUGUAAUCUAGUGCAAUUUUGAACCUCAUUCCUUAACCUACCUAAUAUUGUAUUGGAGUUAUGGUACCUGGUAUGAGCCAAAUCUUAUAAUGUGCAAUGAAUCAUUAUAUGAGUCUCAUACAGAAGUUAUUUGCUUAUGUUAACGUUUCUGUCUCAUCAGCUAACAGAAGUGGCGUUAAUCAAGACCAAAAGGCCAGUUUUGGUCCUUCUUUGGGAUACCCAUUCCCAGGGUUCUGUCAGGUAUGUUGAAUCCAGUAUUAUCGUGGGAAAAAUAAAAACAUGCACUUUGAGUCAAACACACCCUGGUGUCCUUAAGCAUGAAGAAUGAGAUAUUAUUUAAUGUUGAUGUCACUUUAUUUUUUCCUUUUUUUUUUUGUAGACUAUUUACAGAGCAAGCAGAGCUUUGCAAACGUGCAAACACAGAGACCACCAUUUUUCCUGUGAGGAAAACUAGCGAAUCUUUCAAAAAUUGUAAGUUACGUUAAUAAAUCAGUUGCUGGUUUUUUUUGUCAGAUGCAUAUAUUUUUUACUGUAUUUGGUGAUGUUGUUGUGCCAAUCUCUCUCCAGUGAAGACACUUCUGCAUCGCACUAACAUUGAGGACGCGCUAGCCCUUCUGUUGACCAAAGUUGGGAGCGAGUUCAUUGUCCUCAUGAACUUAACAAGUAGAGGUAAGACAUAAUAUUUGUACUUUUCAAAAACUCUUAAGUAAAUAAAGACAGCACAUUGACAAAUAUUUUAUCAUCCCCGUUUUGUUUUUAUGAGACAUAAAGACUGAUUUGUAUGUUCUCUCUUGCAGAUAAUUUGAAUAAUGGGGCUGUGCUAGAUAAGUUCAGCAAUUCUUUAAACAAUUACCAGGGGAGAUAUGCAGACUGGUAAUAAGUGCUUGCUUGCUUGUUGCUCUAGCCAUUGAUCUUGGUUUUGCAUUGUAUGUAUAAAGUCUGAUUGUGCUGUUAUUAAUAUUAUUGAUAUAUUUAUCAAAAGGGAAAAAUCUGAAAAUCUGAGAGAAAUCAGAGAGAAACAGGAGCAGCUAUUGAGAGAGUCUUUGUUGUCAGAUCAAAAGGUACUCGCAGUGCCAUUUAAUAAUAUCAUUAAGAUUUUAAUAAGGUUAUAUCUCUAACUUUUACCUGUAUAGUUUAAAGUUAGAAACAGUGUUUAUAACAUCUAAGCGACAACAGUCAGGUCAGUGCAAUUAAGAGAACAGAUGAAAAACUCAUAUGUGUUACGGGGGUAAUCUUUUAGAGAACGGGUAGCUUGCAAAGCAAACUGAACGCAGGGUUGUCGGAACAGCAACAAGAAGAUUUUUCGUAACAAUGUGAAUAUGUUACUAUCUGGGAGAUUGAAAUAGGCUAAACACUCAAAUAUUCAAAUUAUCACCUGGUAGUACAGAAUGUACUUCCUUAACAGCUGACACCAGUAUCAUGUUAAGGUUAGAUUUAAGAACCAGAGGGUUAAUUCAAGGAAAUCUCAGUUCACUAAUAUUUCUACUUUCUCUCUUGCAUUUUGGAAUACUUCAGAAGGCUCAAGAAAGAAAACAAAACUGCGAUGUGAAAGUAUGUGUAAGAUUAAAGCGUUUAUAUAUAAUAUUGCCUUAAAAAAUUUCCAAAUGUUUAUUGUCGACCAACAAUAAUAUUAUGCCCCUGUCUUUUUUUUCUUUUUGGCAAAACAGGUUACAGAAAUACCAGCUACAAUGAACAGCAGACCCUUGCUUGAUUCAGAUGAGAAUUUGGCUAAAAAGGCAACUAUAUGUUAAUUACCUUAAGCUAGAGAUUGGUGUUUCAAUUGCCCUUUUGAUGCCAGGAAAUGAGAGAAAUUUGAGCAAAUGAUAGUUAUUUUGGAAUUUAGUUAACCUCAUAGUCAUAAAAAAAAGUAAUGAAAAUUUGUAUUAUAUCUCAAGAGAGAAAAUAAUCAGGUCUAGUCCUGAAUUUUCUUCUAAAAUUCUUAAUUAAAGGACUCUUAAAAAUUCUCAGCUUCGCCUCAAGUUUUUAGACCUCAAAUAUUUUGAACUGCUUCAAACUCUGAUAAGAAUUUGGUGUCAUACAUUUUGGUCGAAAAAAUUUGGCUUUGUCUUUAUCAUAAAGACUUGUUUCUCAAUCCUCAUUGAAAUGUGCCGAUUAAUGUAUGGAGAUCCAGAUCUGCAGAGUAUUUAUUUGAAUUGUGGAUUUUAAUCUCUCUGUUGCAACAUUUACUGUAGAUCCGCACUACAAGACAACAACGGAUCCGGGAUUGUAAUGAUGGAGAAGGUUUUCUUAUUAAAGCAAAAUGGGGAGGCAAGUCUAACACGCGUCUUUUCAACAGAGGUGCAAAAUUCCAGGUAACACAUCCAAACGUGUCAUCUAAACAUCAUACCUUUCAUGAUGUUGUGUGCUUAAAAUAUAUCUCAUACUGUCCAACCCUGUUGUACAGGGUUACUGUUUCUUUCUCAAUGAUCUAGCUAGUGUGCUUAUACUUUGUAACUAAUGGAAAGACAGCAGGAACUUAUCUAGUGUAUAUAUUUUUAGGAGGUGUAUGACUGGUUAGGUAGCAUAAGGGAGCUGCCCCUCUUUUUUUCAAUCCAUCGACCACUAGCCACCAGCGUAAUAUCAAGACAAGAGAUGGUACGGCGGAAUGAAGGGGUCUUUGUACGUGACUUGGUAAGUAGU